UAAAACCUAUUAAAAGUCCUUAGUAUAUCAAAAUAAAAGUUCAAUUAAAAACUAUUAUCCUUUCUUGUUUAUAUUAAUUUAAUGGAAGAAUAUACACCAAGUCGUUAUAAGAUUCAGGAAAAAAUUGGCGAAGGUGUUCACGGCUAUGUUUUCAAAGCUAUUGAUUUGCAUGCAAAUAAAAUUGUUGCAAUCAAAAAGGUUGCACUCAAAAAUAAAUUUGGAAAUAUAUCCUUGAACACUUUGAGAGAAAUAAAAGUAUUGCAAAUGUGUAAAAAUGAUUAUAUUUUAUCCUUGAACGAUAUCUUUCCUGACUUAAUUGGUUUGUCAUUGGUGUUGGAUUUUAUGCCGGAAACUCUGUAUAGUAAAUUAAAGAAUGAUUUGAACCCUUUGAGCCGCCAGCAGGUUAGGAAAUUUUCUCUAAUGAUGUUGAAGGGAAUAGAGUAUUUGCAUGGAAUGGGCAUUAUGCAUAGAGAUAUAAAACCUGCAAAUCUUUUGAUAAGUGAAAACGAAAUAUUAAAAAUUGCGGACUUUGGCUUGGCCCGAUUAUACUUUCCCGAUGAAGAAAACAAGCUUUACUCUCCACAAGUCUCCACUAGAUGGUAUAGGGCUCCAGAAAUCCUCUGGGGUGGUCAGGAGUAUGGACCAGCUGUUGAUAUGUGGGCAGCUGGAUGUGUUAUUGCUGAAAUGCUAAGAGGUGUUCCACUUUUUGCGGGCACAACUGAUAUUGAACAAUUGGCUCUUGUGAUACGAACUCUCGGAACUCCCCGGCAAAGCGAGUGGCCUGAGCUACAAACAUUACCAGACUUUAAUAAAAUAAGAUUUCCAAACGCUGUUGGAAUUCAUUGGGAUAAUUUAUUUCCAAGUUGCACACGAAGUAUUGAAGUGAAUCUUGUAUCCAAUUUAGUUAUUUACAAUCCAAGAAACAGGUUGACAGCUUCUGAGGCUGUUCGUCAUGAUUACUUUUGUUGAAAUAAGUUGGAAAAUUCUUCUUGGAAAUUAUAUAACUUUUUUAAACAA